AUUUUUUCUAACUUGCACUACUCAGCUCCCCGUUUUUGUACUAUGAGCCUCAAAGACACCGUUGUUUUCAUCACUGGCGGCUCGCGCGGAAUCGGCGAGGCUAUUGCUAUCCGUCUCGCCAAGGAGGGCGCCAGCAUCGCCAUUGCUGCCAAAACUGCCGACCCGCACUCGACGCUUCCGGGCACCAUCUACACCGCUGCCAAGGCUAUCGAGGCCGCCGGCGGCAAGGCACUGCCGGUGCAGUGCGAUAUCCGCGACGAGCAGCAGGUCAAGGCGGCGCUAGCGAAGACGGUUGAGACCUUUGGCCACCUGGACGUGGUGAUCAACAAUGCCUCAGCGAUCUAUCUGAAGAGCACGCUGGAGACCGAGGCGAAGCGCUACGACCUGAUGCACAACAUCAACGGGCGCGGCACCUGGCUGGUGACCAAGCUGGCGCUACCGUAUCUGAUCAAGUCGAAGAACCCGCGUGUGCUGACGAUGAGCCCGCCACUGGACCUGAGCCAGAAGUGGUUCGAGAAGAACCCGGCAUACACGGUCGCCAAGUACAACAUGUCCCUGUAUGUGCUGGGCCACUCGGCCGAGUUCGCCAAAUACGGCAUCGCGGUCAAUGGCCUGUGGCCAUACACAACCAUUGGGACUGCGGCGUUGAACAUGAUCGACGAAGCCAAGGGCCAGCCCGACCUGCGCACGCCCGAGAUCAUGGCAGACGCCGCACUGGAGAUCCUGAAGAAGCCAGUGUCGUUCACCGGCAACCUGUGCAUUGACGAGAUUGUCCUGCGCGAGGCCGGUGUCACUGACAUGGGCAAGUACGCGACCACACCCGGAACCAAGGACGAGGAUCUCCGGCCAGACAUCUUCAUUGGAGAGCCAGACCACGCUCGCUUGCGUCUGCUUCGCAUCCAGCACAAGGCAAGGCUGUAA